AUGCGGGCGGCGGCGGGGGGCGCGCGGGCGGCCGCGCUGGCGCUGCUGCUGGGGGCGCUUCACGGGGCGCCGGCGCGCGGCGAGGAGAACGACUACUACGGCUGGCAGGCCGAGCCCCUGCACGGGCGCUCGUACUCCAAGCCGCCGCAGUGCCUCGACAUCCCCGCCGACCUGCCGCUCUGCCACACCGUGGGCUACAAGCGCAUGCGGCUGCCCAACCUGCUGGAGCACGAGAGCCUGGCCGAGGUGAAGCAGCAGGCGAGCAGCUGGCUGCCGCUGCUGGCCAAGCGCUGCCACUCGGACACGCAGGUCUUCCUCUGCUCGCUCUUCGCGCCCGUCUGCCUCGACCGGCCCAUCUACCCGUGCCGCUCGCUGUGCGAGGCCGUGCGCGCCGGCUGCGCGCCGCUCAUGGAGGCCUACGGCUUCCCCUGGCCCGAGAUGCUGCACUGCCACAAGUUCCCCCUGGACAACGACCUCUGCAUCGCUGUGCAGUUCGGACACCUGCCUGCCACCGCGCCUCCAGUGACCAAGAUCUGUGCCCAGUGUGAAAUGGAGCACAGUGCCGAUGGCCUCAUGGAACAGAUGUGUUCCAGCGACUUCGUGGUUAAAAUGCGCAUCAAGGAGAUCAAGAUAGAGAAUGGGGACCGGAAGCUGAUUGGAGCCCAGAAAAAAAAGAAGCUGCUCAAGCCAGGCCCACUGAAGCGCAAGGACACCAAGAGACUGGUCCUGCACAUGAAGAAUGGUGCCAGCUGCCCCUGUCCACAGCUGGACAGCCUGGCCGGCAGCUUCCUGGUCAUGGGCCGCAAGGUGGACGGACAGCUGCUGCUGAUGGCCGUCUACCGCUGGGACAAGAAGAAUAAGGAGAUGAAAUUCGCAGUCAAGUUCAUGUUCUCCUACCCCUGUUCCCUCUACUACCCCUUCUUCUAUGGGGCUGCUGAACCCCACUGAAGGACGCUCCUCCCUGCCCCAUCCAGCCAGCUGUGCCUUGCUCUCUGUCCCCACCCCUGGGGCAUUCUCUCUCUUCCUGCCCAUCUGGCCUCACCUCUAUUCCCAGGCUGACCCAGCCCUGACAGAGAGCGGUUCCAUGCAGAGCAGAGCUCUUACCAGCACAGGCCCUAAGGAAUGGGCAUGGAACCCAAGCUGUCCUUGACUGAGGGGUUCUGGGGACUUCUCUUAGGAGCAGAGCUUUCUCAUUUGAAAGCUCAGGGUUUCAGAAAGUAGGUGGUGGGAGGAGAGAGCAAGGGAAGCAUGGAGGGGGUCUGAGCAGCCUCACGAGGUGGUUUCCAGAACAGACCAUGCUGUCAGCUCCACUCUGUUGGUGGGGAGGCCUCGCCUCGGAAAGUCUCACUAUUAGGCUGAGCUACUUGGGGGCCAGUCCCCCACCCCCACUGCUCCCUCGUGUCAUCAUAGUCCCCCCAAAGGAGGGGCAUUAGGGUCGUAGCACCUUCCAGCUACAGUUCCCCACCUUCCCCAUCUCUUCCCCUCUCUCUUCCUGCUAGACUGGAGAAGCCCAGCCCAGACCCCCUCCCACAGGCUGCUUUUUGGGAUUCAUCCCUCAGCCUCCGCAUGUCCCUUUUACCCUGAUGAUGAGUAAAUUAUUGCUACGCAGCAAGGCCAUAGGUACUAGAUUAGUUGCAGGCAAGGUUUGGUUUUUAAUUUUUUUUUUAAGUUUUUAAUUAAAUCAAAGAAAAAUAAGUUGGUUUUGACUAGGUUAUUUCUUUGUCAGCUGGUCCCCAGAGGUGGAGAGAGGGAGGGUCAGAAGGGACUUUUAGGAAGAGGCCCUUGUCAUAACCCAUGGCCUGUCCACACAGGCAUACUUGGAACGCCUAACAGCAAUGCCCAUGUUCUUGUAAGAUCCCUUGAGAGCACCCUUCUCAUCCCCAUCACUAAGUGAGGGAUGGAGAUUGCCCUCCUUUUGUUCCUGAAGAGGGAGAUGCCAAGAUCCCCAGCCUUCUCCCAUGGUCAGAAGGCUCUCACAAUCCUGCCACAUCUCCCUGACAAUGUCUGCCCUCAGAUCCCAAGAAGGUUGGAGCACAGGAAACUACUCUGAAGAGCCAGGGGUCUAAACAUGUCUCUCCUACC